CCUCUUCUGCAACUCCCCCCCUCCCGCUGCCAGAGCUGCAUCAAACAGCUCUCAGGUUUCUGCUGAUACUGCAGCGUCAAGACAUGGCUCGAGUUUUCUCCUCUCUCUUACGUAUUCAGCAGUCCAUUUGCUCUUGCCACAUGCGUCCAUCUCCUGCCUCCUGCUGCUGCUGCCGUUGGGACGAGCCAAGAGCCACUCCGGAGAUGCGGUUGCGGGACUGCGGCUCUCUCACGACUCUCUAGCCGACGCUGUCCAGCGCCCGGCUCCUUCUCCAGAUGUCUUAAAGGAAGAGAUUGGGAGAGCCAGCAGAUACUUAGGACAGCUUUUUUUUUGUUGUUUAUUAAUUCAAGCCUUCGGAAAAAGACACUUUGCAUGCUCUUCCACCCGCCGACUCCCUCACUGCGGUUUUCGGCAGAAACUACUUAAACCCCUUGAUGCAGCCUGAGUGUAUGAAUAUUUAAGUGUCUCGCAGGCAGUCCUGUACAGUGAUUGCUGUAUUAUCAAGAAAGGUGCAAGAGGAGGAAGGUUGAGUUUGCCACUGCGGUUUUCGUUUUGCUCAGAUUCUUUUGGAUGGUGCUGCAAGACGGCUUGUCGCAUUCUGGCACUGGCUCCUAUUCCUAACCAGCGCAUCUCACACAGAGCAGCAUCCGCAGUGAUGAUCAAGUUGGCAAGAAAAGUGGCCGGAUCGAGUUAAAGGCGAAAGGAGACAGCUGGGGAGGGGACCCCAGCCAGGAGGUGCACCCCAUACACCCUGGCCUGGGGGGACAGGAUCCCUCGCCUUACCUGCCCUCUGCCCUCACCCCCCGAAGGUACUUCUCUCUUUCUUUACUGUCCCUUCAUUCCUUAUGCCACUUCCUGCAUCCCACCUUUUCUUUCCCCUUGUGGAUAUUUCCAGCCUUUAGGCUUCUCUUCCAGUCCUUCCUCAGGCUUCUCCAUUCCCACUCAUCCUGCAGUCUCCAAGCCUACCUCCGCACCCUGCCUCCCACCAUCCUCCAUUGAACUGCCUUUGCACUCUCUCCUCUCCUCUCCUCUCCUCUCCUCUCCUUUCUUUUCUUCUCCUCUCCUCACUUCAGCCUGGGUCCCCCAUUCUCUGUGCCACAAUGACUGUGAUGGCUGGAGAGAACAUGGAUGAGACUUCUGCUACCUGGACACCCCAGGAUAGCUAUCAGCCUGCUGCCCAUGAUGACCAUGAAUGCUGUGAGCGUGUAGUGAUAAACAUUGCUGGACUACGCUUUGAGACGCAGCUAAAGACCUUAGCCCAGUUCCCCAACACACUGCUGGGCAACCCCAAGAAGCGCAUGCGGUACUUCGACCCUUUGCGCAAUGAGUACUUCUUUGAUCGAAACAGGCCCAGCUUUGAUGCCAUCCUCUACUACUAUCAGUCUGGGGGACGGCUUCGCAGGCCAGUCAAUGUUCCCUUGGACAUGUUCUCUGAGGAAAUCAAAUUUUAUGAGCUGGGUGAGGAAGCCAUGGAGAAGUUCCGGGAAGAUGAAGGGUUCAUCAAAGAUGAGGAGAGACCCUUGCCAGAGGGAGAGUACCAGCGCCAAGUAUGGCUCCUCUUUGAGUAUCCAGAAAGCUCUGGGCCUGCAAGGGUCAUUGCAAUAGUCUCUGUCAUGGUGAUCCUCAUCUCCAUUGUGAUCUUCUGCCUAGAGACAUUACCUGAGCUGAAGGAGGACAAGGAAUAUACAGUGCAUCGUACUGACAACACCACUCAGGUCUACAAAUCCAACAUCUUCACAGAUCCCUUCUUUGUUGUGGAGACCCUAUGCAUCAUCUGGUUCUCCUUUGAGCUGGUGGUGCGUUUCUUUGCUUGCCCCAGCAAGACUGAAUUCUUCAAGAAUAUAAUGAACUUCAUUGACAUUGUGGCCAUCAUCCCUUACUUCAUCACCUUGGGCACUGAGAUGGCUGAGCGGGAGGGGACUCAGAAGGGAGAGCAGGCCACCUCCUUGGCCAUUCUGAGAGUCAUCAGACUGGUAAGAGUCUUUCGAAUCUUCAAACUCUCCCGGCACUCUAAGGGCCUCCAGAUUCUGGGACAAACCCUCAAAGCAAGUAUGAGAGAGCUAGGUUUACUAAUCUUCUUCCUCUUCAUUGGGGUAAUCUUGUUCUCUAGUGCGGUGUAUUUUGCAGAGGCUGAAGAACCUGAGUCUCAUUUCACAAGUAUCCCCGAUGCUUUCUGGUGGGCGGUGGUAUCCAUGACCACUGUGGGCUAUGGUGACAUGUACCCUGUGACAAUUGGAGGCAAAAUCGUAGGCUCCUUGUGUGCCAUCGCUGGUGUGCUGACAAUUGCCCUGCCUGUACCUGUCAUCGUGUCCAACUUCAACUACUUCUACCACCGAGAAACAGAAGGGGAAGAACAGGCUCAGUUACUUCAUGUUAGCUCCCCAAAUUUAGCAUCUGACAGUGAUCUCAGUCGCCGCAGCUCUUCCACUAUCAGCAAAUCUGAGUAUAUGGAAAUCGAAGAGGAUAUGAAUAAUAGCAUAGACAAUUUUAGGGAGGCUAAUCUCAGAACUGGCAACUGCACUGUAGCCAACCAAAACUAUGUUAAUAAAAGCAAGCUGCUGACUGAUGUAUAAACAAAAGACCAAAAUCCCCACUCACAGCUUGAAGACUUAAGUGACAUAGUCACACUUUGUAGAUGCUUUACCGAUAGUCUUAGAAUGCUUUAUUUACCUCGUAAAUGCAUUGUUGCAUUGUGAGUUUUUGUUCAGCGAUAAAGAGGCUUCCAGGAUCCAUGAAUGAUAAAAUUUUAUUUACUUUAAAAAAACCCACGUUUUCCACCUGGUAAAUGAUAAUUAUUUGAACUAGUUAGGUUUUAAACUGAAUGAUGCUAGACCUAAACUUUUCCUGUUCCAUCCACUUUUUUUUUUUUAAACACUCUUGUUCAACUAAGGAAGACAAUUUUUAAAACUGAAGCAUAUGCAUGGAUUCCAGUAAAAAUAUCCUGCAAACAUGCACAGUUGCAAGAGAGUGAAUCAGAUAAUAGUAAAAAAGUGUUAACAUGCAGCAAACAUUUAUCACUGUUUUUAUGAAGGGAUGCAAAUUUUCCCUCUGCACCCUAUGUGAGAACUAUGUGGUACAUAGUUCCUACAUACACGUCAGCACCUUAUUUAAAUACACUUGAGGCUGGUCUUUUUUCUAUCCAUAGAAGAAUUGUUUAAAAAUAGCAAACAGAACUGAAGGCAAACCAUUUGCACUGCUGCUAAGUUCUCUCAUGCGCAGAUGAUCUUAAUGCACUUUUCCCUGUCCUGAACUGUAUACAAAACUUCUAGUUCUUCUGUUGCAAGACAGCACAAUAUAGUUUAAGCAUGUUUGAAUUUGAUGCUAUUUAUUUUAUAAUCGCAUGCCUGAAACUUUACCUCAGACAAUAAUGGAUAAGCUUUUGUUUGAAAUGAAUCUUCUAAAAAUAGGUCCUUUAUCUCUCUUCUUUUUUUUCUUUUUUCUUUAUUUUGGGUUGCAUUCACCAGAAGUGCACUACUUAACUUACUAAAUUGUUGACUAGUACUUUAAAGUGUAUGGUAGUCAAAUGGGAACAAUAACUUUUGGAGAUCAAAGCAUGUUCAAAUAUUCAGCAUUAUGGCCUAUUUGAAUAACGCGUAACUUUAAUUAAUUAAUGCAUGAAUUCAAUAAUAAUCAUAAAAAAAAUAAAAAUUAAAAAGUGCUUAAUAAAUCAAAGGCCUGAAUGGAAGAUUAGAGAAACCUGUUUCCUGCACUGCUCAGGAAACCAUGUUGACUUUUGUCCAGGCAUUGUCAGAAAGGGAUAUAUCCCAUCUCUUAAAGGGAAAGCUAUAUGGAAAGCUAAGAAGACAAGUUAUGUAUAGCAGCACCUAAAACCUAAUAUGCUUUAUAUUUGAAAGAUGUAGAUGCAUGCUUUUUGGUGCAUUCUCAGAAUGUAAAUGAAACUUAUCUACUAUAUGCAUCCAAAUUGCAGCAGCUGUGGUUUUUUUUGUUUUUGUUUUUGUUUUUCAGUCAUUUGAGAUUUUUUUUGUAUUCCCCUAAAACUCACUGAAGAGACUUAACUGACUGAUUUAAAUUGUUGUGCAGUGCCUUUAUCUUAUAUCCUCUAAACUGCUGAAAGUGCCUCCAGGAAUUGAGCUAUCAGAGGUAAAGAAAGGGCAAGGACCAACACACUGGAAGAAUAGUUCUGCACUGCCUCUUGGCUCAGCACAGAAAGCUAUGGAGAAGGAAGGAAAGAGCAACCAUGAGUAAGAGCAAUCCAGAAGAGGCAGGAGAAGCAAACCAGCACCCUGUGAGAUAACUUCUUUCCUUUGCUAGUCACUGUUGCAAGGCUUAGCAUUUUCUUUUGCCAAAUAAGUCGCAGCUGUGUUUAUUUAAGACUUAAAGUUUCCCUAAGUUUCUUAUAGGGAUAUCACUGCCUUCACUGUAUCUGCCCUUAAGAGCAGCCCGGCAGAGAAGGACUUGGGGGUCCUGGUGGACAAGAAGCUGGACAUGAGCCAGCAGUAUGUGCUUGCAGCUUGGAAGGCCAACUGUGUUCUGGGCUACAUUAAAAAAGGGGUGGCCAGCAGGAGAGGGGGUGAUUUUCUCCCUCUACUCAGUUCUUGUGAGGCCCCAACUGGAAUACUGCGUUCAGGCCUGGGGCCUCCAGUACAGGAAGGACUUGGA